AUGAAGGUCUCCUCUUUUAUGGAGCACAUUGAUCGGUUAAAGGAGGAAUUCACCUUCAUGCACAAUCAGCUCCAGCAGCAGCGAAAUGAGCUGGAAAAGCUGAAUGCGGAGAAGGAGAAUAUGCAGCGACACUACAUGCUAUACUACGAAUUUCAAUGUGGAAUGAACAUGGAGAUUCAGAAGCAGAAUGAACUUUGCAAACGAUAUACAGCGAUAAUUACACAGCUUCUUCCCUUCCUACCGCCAGAACAUGCGCAACAAGCGGUCACAGCAAUGGAGCGUGCAAAGCAGAUAUCAACACAAGAAGUCGGACAGUUAAUGCAAUCAAACACACAUUCUCAACAAAUGGCUGCAAUGAUGCCAGCGAUGGCAGGACUGCCGGGAGCCUUGGGAAUGCCACCCGUAGGGUUCCAGCAAGCGCUUGCAGCGGCAGCAAUGGGAGCAGCACAUCGUGUACCCGAAGCCGCCACAUCUCACUCCGAUCGGCAUGACCAACCCAGCAGACAAUCUAGCUCUCGUCCUCGAUCUAUUUCUCCAAACGGUUCAACAUCAAAGCGAAUGAAAAUUGAGGACGAUGCUGACGGAGAAGGAGAGUUGGAAAUCGAUGCUCCAAAGACGGAUGGACGUGAUUCCACUAAUAGUGUAGCGUCAAGCGGCGCUAGCACACCUGGACCAAAGCCUCGAAAUCCUUUGGAACAGAUGGGCAUUCCUGGCGGAAUGUUCGGCAACCUAGGUAUGAAUAUGAAUCCUCUUGCUGCUGCGUUCAGUCGAGGUGGACUUCCUCCUAUAUUCGAUCAGCAUGCGCAGGCGCGGAUGGCUGCUGGCAUGGGUAUAGGAGGCCCUUCUGGAGGUCUUUUAAAUGGAAAGCCCGCUUACUCGUUUCGCACCGUGGAUGGUGGUGUGUUGCAACCAACUGUCUUCCCUAAUGAUGCCUUCAACGCACCAGGAAUACCAAAGAGUGUAACGCGAAAGUUCGAGUUACCACAUGGAGAGGUUGUGUGUGCAGUCACCAUAGCUAAGGAUAACAGGAGUGUGUACACAGGAGGGAAGGGAUGCGUGAAGAUAUGGGAUAUUACUCGCACGCAAGAGAGUUUACGAACACCACUUUCUACAUUAGAAUGCCUCCAAGGAAAUUAUAUUCGAUCUUGCAAAUUAUCAGCUGAUAGCUCGAACCUUAUAGUCGGUGGUGAAGCUAACAUUAUCACCAUCUGGGAUUUACAGACCGCCACUAUUCGUAGCGAACUGGACAGCGAGUCACAGGCGUGCUAUGCGCUGGCCUUGUCGCAUGAUCACAAAUUGUUAUUUGCGUGCUGCGCUGACGGAAAUAUUGUGGUGUGGGAUGUCGAAUCAAAAACCAAGGUCACUUCUCUACCAGGUCAUCAAGAGGGUGCUUCGUGUAUUGAUUUAUCUUCGGAUGGUAGUAAAUUGUGGACUGGUGGGCUUGAUAAUACCGUACGGACUUGGGAUCUUAGGGAACGACGACAGCUAAGUCAAUUCGAUUUUCCUAGCCAGAUCUUCAGUCUUGGAUGUUGUCCCACAGACGAUUGGGUUGCUGUAGGUAUGGAGAAUAACAACGUUGAGGUUUUAAACACAACUCGGGCUGAAAAAUAUCAACUUCAUCAACAUGAGUCAUGCGUUCUAUCCCUGAAAUUCGCUCAUUCUGGUCGAUGGUUUGUCUCAACGGGAAAGGACAAUGUUUUAAACGCAUGGAGAACUCCGUAUGGUGCUUCAUUACUUCAAGCGAAAGAGUCAUCAUCGGUGCUGUCCUGUGAUAUCGCUAGCGAUGACUCGCUGAUCGUGACAGGGUCGGGCGAGAAGAAAGCAACCGUGUACGAAGUGACCACCUACAGCUGA